GUAACCGACAGGCCAUAUAAUUAGGGAAGUGGGAAAUUGAGAAUGGAAGUGGGGUGGAGGAGACAGCACACGUAAAAUCACGACAGAGGCGAGUUGGAAAGACAAGGAAAAUAUACAGAGGGUGGGGGGAAAGGGAAGCCAAAAUCAUCGGCAUUCGGCACAACCAAUUAACAAAAGCGGCCUCUUCCCCCAAAAAACAACUCAAAAGUAUCUUCCUUGUUCAUUGCUGGGGUUGAAAGAGAAAGGUGGGUGGCGCAUCGGAUCUCGUCUUCAUCCCCCUCUCCAUUCUCGCCGCCGCUUCUUGUUUCAGUCUCCUGAUAAGAAUCCAUUCAGGCAUAUGCGCCUGUUGGUGUAACUAUUAUUCCUAUUCUAAUCGCGCCACUGUACGUCUUCCAAUUCCUUAUCUUUCGGUCUCCUUCGAAUCAAAAUCAAAAUUGGCGCUUUCACCCAAAUACAAUCUCUAUAUAUAAUAUUAUGAAUUGGGUAUCUGCCUCUUUUUUUUUUUUUUUUAAUAUUACAUAUUCACAAGCAAUAGGAGGGGCUACUAUUGUAUGGAUUUUUUUAGGGUUAGGCUUAUGAUGAGAAUGGGGAAUUUGAAAUUGGGAUGGUUUUGUUAAUGGGUUUGUGAGGGAUCGUAAUGAUAAAAAGGCAAAGCGUGCGCUUUUUGUUUCUUGCUCGAAUAUUUGGUAAACACCCCCACCACCAUCACCGUCACCGCCUGGUUGUCAUGGCUUCUUUGCUGCAGCAGCAUGGUUUACUUCAUACUGCUACCUUCAAUGACCGCUUGCCGUUCAUGGGGAAGAUCUCCCUUGAUUAUAAUAAUCAUAAUAAUAACAAGAAUCUCGCUGCUAGUAGCAGUAAUGGUUUCCGGAUUGGAUUGAGUAUGGGAGGUUGCUCUGAUUCUAAUAAAAGGAGAGUGGAUAGGAAUGGGCAUGGGGCAUUUGCCCAUUCCUACCAGCAGCAGGUGCUCCGUGAUUUUGAAAUUGGGCUUCCAGAUGCUGGACUUCCAACUGGGCAUGGGGCCUCUCACCAUGGAAAACUUCUUGGAUUCCCACUCCGUCCUUUGCCGGAGAAGAUUGUGGUUGCUGUUGACGUUGAUGAAGUUCUUGGCAACUUUGUAUCAGCUCUGAACAGAUUUAUUGCUGAUCGUUACUCUGUGAAGCAUUCAGUUUCGGAAUACCAUGUAUACGAAUUCUUCAAGAUAUGGAACUGUUCAAGAGAUGAAGCUGAUAUCCGUGUUCAUGAGUUCUUUAAGACCUCAUAUUUCAAGACAGGGAUCCAUCCAAUCCCAGGUGCUCAACAGGCUCUACAUAAAUUAUCAAGAUUUUGUAACCUAUCAAUUGUGACGUCUCGACAAAAUGCAAUCAAAGACCACACAAUUGAGUGGAUUGAGAAACAUUAUCCUGGACUGUUCCAGGAAAUUCAUUUUGGCAACCAUUUUGCUUUAGAUGGAGAGUCUAGACCAAAGUCAGAAAUUUGCAGGUCCUUGGGAGCAAAGGUUCUGAUAGAUGAUAACCCAAGAUAUGCCAUUGAGUGUGCUGAGAUUGGAAUUAGGGUUCUACUUUUUGAUUAUGAGAACUCAUACCCUUGGUGCAAGACAGAGUCUGUUAGUCAACAUCCCCUGGUGACUAAAGUUCAUGACUGGGAAGAAGUGGAGCAAAAGUUAGUUUCGUGGAUUGUUUCUUAGAUUUACCUCAUAAAUAGGGCAGUGCACCUCUGGUUCAUCAAGAUGUCUGAAAUGAUUCUUUUCAUGGCAUAUUAUGGAUGGUGAAAUGUACAUGCCUUGGUCUUUGGGCGAAGCUGCUCUAUGUGGGCCAGACAAGUAGAGUUUCAGAUGAGAAUGUUUAGUGUUAGAAUUAUGGAAAAAAAAAAAAAAAAGUAAUAUAUCGUUUCUUCUCUUUAUACUUCUUUUUGCAAUGUUAAAGAAAGAUGAAGCAUUUUAGAUUUCAAAUAAGAUUCAUCUUUAUUUUCUAUUAGAGUAUCUAACUUUUGUAUUUUCUUGAUUCCUAGAUAGAUGGAUACAUGCAUGUACUGAUGAAAUUAAGUUCAUUUGAUGAUUACAUGAUUGUUAUCUCA